CUUUUUUUUUUUUAAUUUUUUCUUUUUUCGUUUUCGCGUUCUUAUCUCGUCGUCGUCGUGCCGUUCACUAGAUUAGGGUUCCGGCGAUCGUUUCUCGGAGAAGGAUAAUGGGGAAGAACGAGAUCUCAAUGGUGGUGGUGCUGUUUUUGUUUGUGGCAGCGGCGUGCUACCUUCCGAUCAAUGUCUCGGCGGCGCGGAAUGUGCCGGCGCAGAACAAGUUCAUCGUUGAGGGCAAAGUCUUUUGUGAUAGUUGCCAGUUUGGGUAUGAGACCCCGCUCUCUACUUAUCUUGCCGGUGCCAAGGUCAGAGUAGAAUGCCGUGAUAAGGCCACCGGUGCUAAGACAUGCCAUUUUGACGGUGUCACUGAUCAUACUGGAACUUACAACAUCUAUGUUUCCGAUGAGCAUGAGCAUGAGACCUGUGAAUCUGUGCUCCUGAGCAGCCCACACCCACAAUGUGCCAAGUUGGUUGCUGGCCGUGAGAGAGCUGUGGUUUUCCUCACCCACAACAAUGGCAUUGCCUCCGACAAGAGGUUCGCCAAUGCCAUGGGCUUCGAGAAAGACACCCCUUUGCCCAAAUGCGCUGAGCUGAAGAAGCUCUAUGAGCAAUAUGAUGAUUAAACUAUAAACUCUUCUCUUGAUAUAUUUAAUGUUUUAUUUGGUUAUAUUAUUGAACUUCAGAACAUUGUAUUUGUUGGAUUUUAGUAUGAUAAUGCUGAACAUGAACAUCUUCUUCUGUGUUGUUGGCCUUUGAAUCAAAGUUCGUGUGCGCUGUUUAUUGGUAGUGAA